AUGGCUGUAGAGAAAAUAACAAGUUUGAUUUGCAAGCCUUCAGACCAGAGAAGAGGCAUUGAGAUAGAACUGGCCAUACCUUUGUUAAAGAGGCAUUGCGAAGUGUUCCGGGAUUUGGACCGAGGUUGUUUGUAUGAUAUAAUCAAGCAUUGCGAGUAUCAACGGUCAGUGCGCGAUGAUGUGAUUGUCCAACAGGGAGACAAAGGCUUCUUCAUGUAUAUAAUACUGACCGGACGUGCGUCCGUCUUCGUCGAUAACUUUGUAGUGGAUGACUUACCAAAUCCCGAGGAGACGGUGGCAGCAAGGGUGGGCUUGGAAUCACAACAAGGGGGAUCACUGGAUCGGUCAAAGUUUGGGAAGUUCAUCAUCAAUUUCGAGCCUGGGAAACGGUUUGGUGAGAUGGCUCUGAUGGCGGAAGAUGAGGUGAGGAACGCCACGGUCAUCGCUGACCAGAUGACAGAUCUCCUCGUGAUAGGAAAGGAUCUCUUCAACAGAACUCUUCGGGUCAACGAAGAAAGAGAAUAUCACAUACGGAAGGACUUCAUCAACAACAGUCCAUUGUUUGGGCGUUGGCCUCCACAGCUUAAGCGACUGGUGGAAAUGAGCCUACGGAAGGAGACGUAUAGGUUUAAUACCGUGGUGACGAAGCAGGGUGACCUUGUGAGGGGAUUGUUCUUCAUCAGCAGCGGCCAGGUAAAACUUGAUGUGAACACGUCUCAGCAUUACCGUCAAUAUCCUAGAAUAUUUGGAGAUAUGUCGGAUCAAAAAGUUAAAUCAAAACCAGUGAGUAGAGACGGUAUUACUUUGGGCCUCAUCCAAGACCACAUCCGGCUGCGCCGUACACAGGGUUACAGUGCCUCCGAGCAGCGAUACAUGAGCCGAACUGCGCAUGUCUGUUCUCUGCAGGACAAUGAAUGCUUCGGUGACAUCGAGGUGAUCCUUGGUCUGGAGACAUACCUUUACACUGUUGUCAGCAUGGCGCACACACAAAUCUACGUAUUAGACACCAAAAACUUUGAGAGGCUGGUGUUACGAAAGAAAAACAAAUCAGGCGACAGAUUAAGGUCCACAGUUUUCACAAAGAUCAUACGAAGAAUCGAAACUCAAAACAUUCCGAUCAUGCUCCAUCUGGCGGCAAAAAUGAAGACUUUUAUACCAAAGGCGAGAAAUCGAUCGCAGACAAAAAUGUUGAGUCUUACUGGCAGCAAUGACUCUUCCCAAACAUCAUUAGCACUUUCAGACUCAGACCCUAGUUGUGGUCUUGUUAUCCACAGUGAUGGAGGUUUAUCCAGAACCAGGAAAACAUCUCUAUCCUCACGGGGCAUUUCACGUCCACACACCGCACCUCAUCGUCACCCUCGUAGUAUACGUCUUUUGGCAGGCUCGGAUUUGCACAGUUACGUUAAGCCCAAAAGUGCACACAGAGGUAAAAGUGCUAGAGGUAGAAAUAUACCUGAAAUGGUCCGACGGUGGCGGGAUGCUGCACUCAAACCGCCCUCGGACAGGCCACACACCGCGCCCUCGGGACCAAGGCAGAAAAUGUCCCCACAGCCCCACAGCGCAAAUUCGUUCGGGCAACAUGUUGCUUUCAAAACCAUUAGUCAGCCAAAGAAUGCCAAGGUUAAUGUGGGUGCAACAAUCGACAGUUAUCGCUCAGUAUUGCACGCUCUCCAGAUAAUAAAGGUGAACAUAAGCGCCAGAAGUUCAACAGCAGUCAGUACAGAGGGCGCAGACGUUAAGCAUGCUGAUUACAGUCUACCUGACAACCACGAUGACGUCACUGAUGACGAAACCAGUCAGGCUGCCCUGGAGCAGUUAGAAAACAAAAUGGCGUCGUUUUUUCAGAAACUUGAUGCUAAGGAAAAGACACGAUCAGUUAAUUCAUCUUACAAACUGAAGCGAUUUCGACUGGAGAAUGGGGGUCGUCCACCUACCCCAGGGGGGCGUGUCCUUAUAAGAACCACACCCUGUCCCGAGCCCACGGGCACAGACAAACGCGGAGCAUCCGGACACCACCAUGUUCGCCGUUUUGUGCUCUCUCGGCCAUCAGACUUCACCCGUCUCUACGAUAAUCCAAGGUGA